AUGGACCUCAUUCAAACACAGAUCAAAGAAAGCUAUCGGCGAAGACGAAUCCGACGUCAUAGGAGCUCGCCUAUCAGUCAGGUCUCUCCUUAUGGCCAGGAUAACACUUCAUACGUUUCCACCAGUACAUCUCUCGAAUAUGCAAUCCCAUCGUCAUCACGCCAACGACGAUUAUCUUCUCAGUGGUCUCCCCAAGAGAUGGCAAAUACCACCCCUGAAGAUGGUCAGCACAGUUCUACAAUCGAUAGCUCUCAUGAAUUCCCAAAUGGUGCAACAGUAUAUGCAUCUCUCAACUGCAACAUCGGAUCUGAGGCUACAACCACGUCCAUUGCACUGAGCGAAACUGAAGUCAACCUAGUUAUGUACUACUUUGACCACGUGUUCUCACGCUUUGCACCAUGGUUCAAAUAUUCCGCAGCACACGAUGGCCGAGGGUGGCUCCUCAAUCUAUUUUUGCGCUCUCGACCACUUCUCAUGGCCGCCAUCUGCAUCAGUGCUUGCGAUAAAGCACAAUUCCUCCUAGGCCCACUUAGUCAUGUGCCUCAGCCCUAUCAUGCCCUGGAGAUGCAGAAUCUGCAGGCUGUUGCCAGUGUACGCGACCAUCUUGACCAGUUGACCCUGAGAUCUGGCCUUGGUCAAAUGGCAGCUGCUGUCGAAGCUCUGGCGUGUAUCAUACACCUGAUGUUCUUUGAGGUUUGUGGAUUUCGUAACCUUUCUCGUUGUUUUCAUCUUCAAUUUGUCCUCGUUUCACUACUCUUUGCUGCCUGUUUGCUUACCUCCCUGCACCUUUCACCACUGGCCAACAAGUAA